AUGCCCAGCAAUCCUUCAGCAGUACCGGCGCUCUACAGUACUCCACGUCUCACGACCUUAAUCGCCAGUCUCAUCGUCGCUCUCGCUGCUGGAACCAAUUAUGUGAGUUGGUCAUACGCUCCCCAGCUCGGCUCACGACUCCGCAUCACGCACACCCAGCUGAACAUGGUCGGCUUAGCCGGGAACAUCGGUGUAUAUGCCAGCGGCCCAAUUUGGGGCCGGAUCGUCGACCGCAGAGGACCCCGCAUUCUUUUGGCGUGCGGGUUCAUGUUUCUCCUUGGGGGAUACUCUGGGAUCCGACACCUCUACGAUGAGGGGAUACCUGACGACGCAGCGUCUCUAUCCACGUUAGGGCUCUUCAUGACUGGAGCCGGCGGUAAUGGCGGCCUCACAAGCGCUGUCAACUCGACUGCUAAAACCUUCCCCGAUCGCACGCGAGGCUCCACGACUGGACUUGUUAUUUCUGGCUUUGGCCUCUCCGCAUUCCUCUUUUCCACCAUCUCACACCUUUUCUACGCAGGCAACACCUCUUCCUUCCUCUUCCUUCUCUCAAUGGGUACCGCAUUUCCCAUGAUAAUGGGUUUCUUCCUCGUUCGCCCCAUUCCCCUCCCGCCAAGCAAGCACACAGAUAUCGAAGAACCCCGAGACGCUGCUAUUUCGUCAGGCUUGGAAGGGCUGCCUAAUGUGUAUGGGAAGAGGCUGUGGAAGAGUGCUGAUUUUUGGUUGUUGUUCAGUAUUCUUUCCAUUCUUAGUGGCACUGGGUUGAUGUACAUCAACAAUGUCGGUUCCAUGUCCCAAGCUUUGUAUGGGUACAAUAACCCACACUACGACGAGGCCAAAGCCUCCCAAUGGCAAUCUAAACAAGUCUCCUCCAUAAGCCUAAUGAAUUUCACAGGCCGUAUUUUCAUAGGCUUAGUAUCCGAUCUGGGUAAAAACCACUUCGGCAUGCCACGCUCAUACUCCCUCGCCCUCGUCUCUUUCUUUUUCUUCAUCUCCCAAGUAGCCACAGCGUCAAUCAACGACAUCCAAAACCUGUGGAUCGCCAGUUCGCUCCUUGGCCUCGCGCACGGGAGUGUAUUCUCCCUCUUCCCAACUGUGUGUUUAGAGUGGUUCGGGAUGCCCCACUUUUCGGAAAACUGGGGAUACCUAUCUCUAUCACCCAUGGCAGCAGGCAACCUCUUCUCACUCGUAUUCGGGCGGAAUUUGGACGCGCAUGAGGCUUCUCCGUCUCAGUGUGGGCAGGGGUUGGAGUGUUAUGUUGCGACGAUUUAUUUGACUAUUGGUGCUACGUUUUUGAGUAUACUUUUGAGUUUGUGGGCGGGGUGGAGGGAUUGGAGGAAGAUUAGGGGUGUUGUUGGGCAUAAACCAUAUUCGGCUCGGGGUGCAGGUGUGGAUGGGAGGCAUAGGCUGGGGGAGGACGGCCAGGAAGUGUUGUAA